GUUGCAAGAUGGCUGACGAAGCGACUCGGAAAGUGGUUUCUGAAAUACCGCUUUUGAAAACCAGCUCCGGUCCGAGAGACAAAGAGCUGUGGGUGCAGAGACUGAGAGAGGAGUACCUUGCUCUUAUAAAAUAUGUUGAGAAUAACAAGGCAGCUGACAACGACUGGUUCCGUCUGGAGUCCAACAAGGAGGGCACCAGGUGGUUUGGAAAAUGCUGGUACAUUCACGACCUGCUGAAGUAUGAGUUUGACAUGGAGUUUGAUAUCCCAGUCACAUAUCCAACCACAGCUCCCGAAGUGGCCAUCCCAGAACUGGAUGGAAAGACUGCCAAAAUGUACAGGGGAGGAAAAAUUUGCUUGACAGACCACUUCAAGCCCCUCUGGGCCCGAAAUGUGCCCAAGUUUGGACUGGCUCACCUGAUGGCACUUGGGCUGGGACCCUGGUUGGCUGUCGAGAUACCUGACCUCAUCAACAAGGGCCUUAUUCAGCACAAGGAGCAACAGAACAACAGUUGAAGCUUACUGGGAGAUUUUUCCCCACAGCGAGAAAGUGAGAGAGACCGAACACCAGGUCUGACCUUCGUCAGACUCUAGAAUGAACAGCUUUUAGCUGAAUCCCUUAAUACAAAUCAGAAACUCCUCCCAUCCCUCAUAAUUUUAAAACUAACAGUUUUAAGGAUGUAAUUUUGAAUGGGCCUCACAAUAAGCCUGCAUGGAAGACACGGAACCGUGGUCACUGAUCCGGACACUUUUGUUCAGUGCAUUAGUAGUUGUUAAAUUGGUUAUUUAUACCAUUUUCAUUAGUAUACAGUAGAUAGCUUGUACAUUGUUAUGGGACCAGUAUUUACAUCUGGAAAGGCAAAAAAUCUCAAUAAUUACCAUAUAAGUUUCUUGAAAUUGUAAACCAUACUAACCACUGUGCUUUGCUCAUUCCUUUGAACUCAGGAGAGUGGGCAUGUUCGCUGCACAGGACGAAACAGUAAAAUUAUAUAGUCUGUCUGU